AUGUGGCUGACACUAAUUCUGCCUGCAGCCGCGCACCGCACUCUCGUCAGAGCUGCGGCGGUCCUCCGACCGCCCUCCGCCAGAGCCGCGCACCGCACCCGCAAUCUCGUGGCUCAGGAGGGCUGGAUCACGGGCGUCGACCAAGGUGGCCAGGCGUACUACUUUAACGAGCAGCUCGGAGACUUUCGGUACGACCCACCACCGGUCGUCCAGCAGAAUUACGGUGGCGCGGUGCUGUGUCGUUUGCAGGGGAUCUCCGGUGUGCACUACUGGUGCAAGUACGCGCUGAAGAACGGCGACGUGCAGGCGCUGAGCCGCUUCAACAUGCUCAACCCAAAAGUGACGGUGUCGCGGGUGCAGUGCAUCGUUCAGUGCCACGACGGCGUCGCUCAGCUCACCUCGUGCGGGAAGGGCCCGACUCUCUGGCGGACUGGCCUUGCGGAUUGGGUCGCCCUGGAGAGCGGCGACCAGGUGCCGCUCCUCGACGGCGACCUCGUGAGCUUGGAUUGCAACGACCCCGAGGGCGCGGUCUUCGUGUGCAGAGACGAAGCUGUGAUGCAUCAGGGAGGGUCGCACUUGCCGUACCCUUGGCAGCAGCUAGUCGACCCGCAGUCUGGCGACGCGUACUACUCCAAUCCGAACACGGGCGAGGCGCAGUGGGACCCUCCCACCAGCCAGGGAGGGGGCUAUCCGCAGCAGGUAGCUUAUCCGCAGCCGGACAGCUACUCGCAGGACGAUGGCGGCUAUCCCAACCAAGAUAACUAUCAGCAGUGGAGCUAA